GGAUCUCUCCGGCCAGCGUUGUUCCCUGAGAUUUUCGACUCCGGCAGCGGUGCUGACCUGUCUUUCCUUUACCGAUACCCCUGCUCCUGACUUGACUUAUGGCUGAGGUAGAACCGAAUGGAAUCCUGCCCGCGGAGGACAUGAAAGAUCAAGAGGUCGCUGAAUCAGAUCAAACCGAAGCUAAUUCAUCUAAUCCGGAGCCUGCAGUCGAUGGCGAACAUGAGGCAUCCAGUACGGUCGAAGCUGAAGCUGAAGCCCUGGAAUUGCCUGCUAAUGGCGUGUCGGUUGACGAGCCGCAGCAAGAUGGCGCUGAAGUGAAGCCCGAACAGCCUGAGGCCACGCAGCCAGACGACUCAUCAGCCGCCGUGGCAGCGGUCGAACCAGAGCCUGCUCCUGCUGAUAGUGAUAAGAAAGAGGAGACGCCAGCACCCGUGCCUAAGAGCCCUACCAAGACGAAGACUACAACUAAGGCACCUGUGAGCCCGACCAAGCCGGCUACAGGGAAGGGUGCUUCCACGCCUUUGGUUAAGAAGAUCAUCAACUCCGGGACUUUUGGUUCGGGUGCCGUGAAGGCUUCUCCGCCCACCGUCUCUAAGCCCUCUACCGCUACCUCCACUGCGACAGCGAAACCCCCAACGGGAGCGACAUCGACGCUUAAGAAGUCUACCAGUGGUUCAGUUGCUACGAAAGGUACUAUGCCGCCGCCUUCCACGACCAGAUCCAGUACCGCGGCUCCGCAGCGCAGGCAGUCCGUCGGUCCCAACGCGCCUAAGCCUGCCGCCCCCUCUACAACUCGGGCUUCGUUGGCAUCCUCAACCUCGGCGAAGCCAACGACUACCGCCACACGGCCAGCCUCUGGACGACCCUCCGUUGUCUCCCCUGCAGAGUCUAGGGCGACGGCCCCGGGCACUACUCCUCGUCCUCGCGCCUCCGUGUCCGAUGUUGUUGCUCCCAAACGACAGGCAAGCACAAGGCCGAGUCUUCCAGCUACCUCCUCCCGGCCACCAUCCUCUGCAUCCAUCCGGGCAGCACGGGUCGGUGCAUCUCCUUCAAUUUCAUCCUUGAAGGAUAUCAAGGAGGAUGGGAAAACCGUGGAGUUGCAGAACAAGCUUAAGGAAGUCGAAGCUGCUCUUAAGUCCAAGCUUGACGCUAUCUCGAGCCUCGAGUCAGAAGCCUCGCAGUUGAAGUCUUCUCUGGACGCUGCUCUGGCCGAUGCCGCAUCUAAACAGCAGACUGUUGACGAGCUGCAAGCGGCCAAGACGAAGGCCGAGCAGGAGUUGGUGGAAGUGAAGGCUAGUCUGGCUGCCCUGCAAGAUCAAGGUGACAGUACCGCUAAGCUCGAGGCUGUCCAUGAAGAACUUGCUGCUGCCAAGGCCGCUGCUGCCACGCAGAAUGUCCUGGUGGAGAAUCUCCAGUCCCAGAUCGAGGCCUUACAGGCAGAAGUCGCGGCAGCGAAAGAGAACCUGGACACCCUCCGAGCUGCGAAUGAAUCUGCUAAUGCAGAGGCCGCAGCGGCUGCGUCCGUCGAACACGCUGCCCUUGAAAAGGCCAAGGCAGACCUUGAUGCUAUUCAAGCCGAGUCCGAGGCGUUAACGAAGGUGCAUGCUGAAGCCUUAGAGGAGGCUCAAGCUCGCAUUCGUGAGCUCGAGGACAAGGCCGCUCGGGCGGAUGCAUUGGGAGCGGAGGUUGAAGAGCUGAAGGCCGAGAAGGAGGAGAGUGCGACCAAACUUUCGGAGCUUGAGAUCGAGAUUUUGGAGCUUAAGGAGAUCCAGGACAAAGCCGAAGACGAGCGCGCUGAGUCCCUCACACGCAUCCAGGCUUUGCAGCAGCAAGUAGAGCAAGCCUCUGCCGCUACGCAGCAAGCAAUCGAGGAGGCGAAGGCCAGGGAGGAGGAGCACUCGCAGAAACUAGGUGAUGCCGAGAGACUCCGCACCGAAGCCCUCCAGGCUGCUAGCGAGGAGCAGGCGAAACUUGCCGCUCAGCUUGAAGCUCUCAGUGAAGAAUUGGCGCGGGCUCAGGCCGCUCACGAACAGGCCAAGGCGGAAGCUCAGGCCGCUGCCGAGGAGCAUGCACGGAAGCUCGAGGAAGCGGAGAAGGCUCACUUGGACAAGCAAAAUGAGCUUUCGGAAGAGCUGGCUCGGGUGAAGACCGAGUUAGAGGGUCAAGAGGCUGUUUACAACUCGAAGGUCGAUGCCGUGAAGGCGGAACAUGAUCAAUUACUUCAGGAGGCGUUCGAGCGUGCCAAGUCUGAAGCUGGCUCGGCCCACUCCCAAGAUCUCCAAGCUCUACGUGCUGAGUCUCAGGCUACUAUCGAGCAACUUCGGGAGGCCCACCAGACGACUAUUGAGGGCUUGAAGGCUGAACAUGAAGCUGCCCUCGAGUCGCAAGUGAAGACCUUGGAGAAGCAGAUUACUAGCUUGCAACUGGAGCUGAAGGCUACUCAGGAUGAUCUGGCGAAGGCAAAGGCUGCCUUGGUGUCCGCGGCUCCAGAAGUGGAGUCCCUGAAGGCGCAGCUUGAGGAAGCGCGCAGUGCCGCGUCGUCAAUUGCCUUAUCGUCCCCUGAGCAAGCAGCCGAGAUCGAGCGGCUGACGAAGGAGCUCGCGGUUACGAAGGAUGACCUUGCUGCGCUGUCUGACGUUCUCAACGUCACCAGGGAGUCGAUCUCUGAGAUGUCUACCAACCACAUCAGGGAGUUGGAGGAAGCCGCCAAGACCAGAGCGGAGGAGGUCAUGAAGCUCCGCGCAUCUCACGAAGAGGAGGUGAACGCUCUGCUGAAGGAGAAGGCCGACUUGCUCUCCAGGUUAUCUGACGUCGAAGGGGAGCUGGCUACAGUAAAGGCCCAGAUGGCCGCGGGACCUGUCACAUCGCCUACCCGUCACAGCAAUGGGCACGCUCGCACGCCGAGCGUUACGAAGGAUGAGUUACAGAAGAUGCACGAGGCGCAUACCCUGAAACUCAAUGAUCUCCAGGCGGAGCAUGGUAGGGCAAUGAAGGCCCUCCGCGAAGAGCUGGAGAUGGCUCAGGCAAGGGCUGACGAGUUGCAGCAAGAGGUCGCGAGGAAGGCGAUGGAGAUCCAGUAUCUGGAGCAAGACCAGGAGGAGAGUCAGGAUCAGAUUACUCGAUUGAAGGAAGACGUGGAUCAUCUUACCGAGCUGGUACGAGCAAAGGAAACCGCAUCCCAGUGAAGAGGGCCUCGUCGCGUCAGCGCGACGAAAACACGCGGAUACGGCAUGUCCAACACGCACACCCCUGCUGUCUCGAUACCCCCAUGCUCUUCAAGUUCUGGUCAAGACCCCUGACUUUGCUUUCCUUAUUCUCUGUUGUUGCGUCCUUUCCCGUUAUCUGGAACAUAUUGUCGCUGUUAACGUUCAUCGCAAAUAUCCAUACUAUAGUUGUGAUCACUAUGCAAACCUCAGCUCGAGACGUCGUUGUAAUAACCGGUACCCUCAUUUUAUCAUACCCCUUACCCAUUUCCUCAUACGUAGUGCGCUGCUGCGUAUAAUUUGUUCUUACCCGUCGCGUUCCUAAUGAAACUCUUGAUCAGACUGC